AGUGUAGUCAAACAUUGGACCGAAGGCUUCUUCUGCAGGUUGGAGGCGCAAAGUGAGAGAGGCCUGGUAUCUUAGACUAAAGAACAACAUUUCACUUUACACCAAACGUCAGAAACUAUGACUAACGUGUGAUGACAUCCGUGUGAUUUGGAGGAUUUUUUGCUCGAUUUUAGAUCCUAUACAGACUAUUUUUUAAAGGCAACAGGAGUACCCGGGUCUGCUCUGUUCCACUAAACUGCGCCUUUCUUCUACUUUGUACAAAGGAGGAUCUGUCCGCCCUGCUGCAGGGAAGCAGUGAAUGUCUGACCCAAUGACAUGGACCCAAGCUGAGGGCCCAGAGGUCCCCGUCUGCCCUCACUUUGGCCUGCUGGUCACGGGUAGAGAUGGCAACUUGUUCAGCUUGUUCGGAUGUGCCGGCCAUACCUGGAGUUGUGGUUGGGAGUGUUUUACUGCUGGUACUGAGCAGUAAUCCUGCGUGGGGGAAUUAUACCGCUCAAGGAAAUGCCAAUACCAAUACCACUACGGUUCCCAAUACCACUACGGUUCCCAAUACCACUACGAUUGCCCCUGAGACCCCGCCAGUCAACAUUGUUGCUAUCGUGGUCCCAGUCAUCGUGGGUGUUGUGGUCAUAGUUGCAGGUGUUCUCUUAUGGCUGUUCUGCAUGGUGAAGAAGAAGCGGCAGACGGAAGGGACAUACAGGCCCAGUGCUGAAGAACAGUCUGGCACACGGAGCGUGACCACACCAGAUGCACUAAAGUUACCAAAGGAGGAAAGACUCAUUUGAGUCCAAAACCUGGUGAGGACACAGGCUGCACUCUCUGGCAAGGAAGCGAUCCUGUUUGAUGAAGCUUUCUCCUUUGAGGUGAUCAUUGAAAGAAAGAUUUCUCCAAGUUGAAGAACUCCAAUAAACAAUGCAUUUCUACUCCAUUUCAACAAGCACUGAAUUGUUCCGACAUGCUAUCUGGAUGGACCAUCAAGUGGGUUUUCAGAAGAAGAGCUCUCACAAGCAGGAGAUGAGCCACAGUAUUUUUAAACCACUAAUGAAUGUUUUUCUUUUCCAGCUGCCUUAAUAUACAAAUUACAAUAUGUUUGAUUUGAUUAAGUCCGUUCACAAUUUCACUGUCUUUUACCUCAAACUCUAUUUUCUGUCCAUUCCAUUUGAAAAAGAUGUACAUGUACAUAUGAUGUACAUAUUUUUUUUUAAAUUCACUUCACGUGUAAUCAAAUAUUUUACUAUUGUGCACAUACUUGUGAUUUUAAAGGACUAGCUGAUUGCUAAAAAAUAAGGUUCAACCAGGAAAUCAGCUACUGUUUACACCGUAAGUAUUCUUAUUCUUAGUAAUCACACACUAAUUUAAAGUCACAUUAUUUAAACAUUCCAUCAGAUCCACCAUGCAGCACAUUGUAAUUCACUAUAAUCAAGUGUAGAUGUUCUACAGUGUCACAGCAUGUCUAUUUAUGCUUUUAUCAAAUAAAUAACUAAAUAUUUGUUAAAUA